AGGCAGGGAGCGAGCGCGGGCUCCCGCGGCCCGAUCGCGGCCGGGGAUCGUGCACACCCCGCGCGCCAAGGUCCACAUUCGCCCUUUCCCGCGCUCCGCUCGGCGGGAGCGCGGCCAAUCGGCUUCCGCAGUAGCAGAGCAUCCGACCAAUGAGAGCAAAGCGACUCGGGAUCUCCACGCCCAUUGGCCAGAGGCACUGACACUUGCGCGGAAGGCGGAAUUCCUGUGGCGGCAAAGGCCUUCCCCCCACCCUCACCCCAACGCAAAGUCGCGAGUCCUGCGAGUCCUGCCGGGUUUGGGACGAGCUCUUCUUCGCCUCCCGGGAGAGCGCGGCGGCCUCGGCGACUUCCCAAAGGCGCGGACCCGCGCUGGGCGCUGGAUUCAAGUCCCGGGUGCUGGGCUGCGGAGGUGCUGCGGGCCCUGGAGCAGCGGUGUUUCAGCUGAACUGUCUACUCAUCUUCAAGUCAUCAUGAGCCCUAAGAAGCGCAGAUCACAGAGGAUCACAUUUGAUGAGAAGAGUAAUAUGAAGAUAGAGCACUAUUUUCCUCAGGUCAAUAAAAACCAAGAGAAUAAUUCCAAUACUCCUCAAAUGAAGAUGGGCUCUAAAAGAGAUCCAAAAGAUAUAACUAACACCCAGGCUCAAGGACUCAAAGACCAGACUGUGCCCCCAAAUAAGACAAUUUACAUCACCUUGAAUGUAAGCCACAGGAAACACGUGCUCACGCAUACUGGAGGGGAUAGCUUAUAUGGAGCACUCAACACCCUAGAGGCUGUCAAAAAGGAGAUAAAAACUCAGCAAGGCAAAGAAAUGCUAGUGCUUGGCACGGAAGGUAUUGAAGGAUACAUAAAUCUUGGAAUGCCCCUCAGUUGCUUUCCUGAAAGUUGUCGUGUGCUAAUCACAUUUGCCCAGAGUAAAAGUAGGCAGAGAGAAGGGAGUCUGGUAUCUGGCCGGCAUGGCAAGGUAUCCUCUGAUUGUGUCAAAUUUUAUAUUCACGCGAUUGGGAAGAGCAAGAAGAGGAUCAUUAAGCGCGGGAAACUUCACAAAAAAGGGUGCAAACUCUGCGUCUACGCUUUCAAAGGAGAAACCAUCAAGGACGCCGUGUGCAAGGAUGGCAGGUUUCUCUCCUUUCUGGAGAAAGAAGACUGGAAACUCAUCAAGAACCUGGACUCCAUUCUAGAAAGCACACAGACCGUUGACAACCUAGAGGGCGAGCUCUUUGAGGUGGAAGUUGAGAAAAGAACAGGCUCCGAAGCAGGAGCUGCUCAGAAUUUGGAGUCCGAGGAAAGAAACAUUUGCAUGGUGAGAGAAGAAAUUGUGGCUCAAUACCCCAGUCUGAAGAAAGAAAGUGAAAAAGUCAGAGAAAACUUCAAGAAAGAGUUGGAACAUAAAAAGAGCAAAGGGUCCUUAUUUAAACUGCAUAAGGUAGAGUUUGGGAAACUGACAAAAAACUCUACCCCGGUUAAAAUGCACAAGAUUCUUUCCCAUCUGAGUGAUUCCGUGGGUUACCUGACAUGGAACAACAAUGGAAAUAGGGGUUCUGCUACCUGCUUUGUUUUUACUAAGUUGUUCAUUUUAACUUGUCGGCACGUGAUAAAUGACAUCGUGGGUGAAGGAAUUGACCCCAGUAGGUGGGCAGACAUAAUUAGUCAGUGCGUAAAGGUGACAUUUAGUUAUGAAGAGCCCCCCGAGAAAGAAGAGAACUGCUUCUUCAUUGAGCCCUUGUUUGAGGUUUCUGAUGCAACUCUUGAUUAUGCCGUUCUGAAACUGAAGGCAAAUGAACAACAAGUGCCUUUGGGACUCUAUCAUAGGGUUGCACUUGCACCGCUUAGUGGCCUGAUAUAUAUCAUCGGCCAUCCGUAUGGAGAGGCAAAGUCUAGUGACGCUUGCACUGUGAUCCCUCUGGAUCAGCGAGUAGGAAAAUUUCAGGACCAUCUUCAGGCUGGAGAGGGAGAAGGCCACGAUUAUGGUAUGCAAUAUAUCCAUAUGUACACCCAAAGAAGCUUCCAGGACAUAGCUCACAAUCCGGAUGUGAUUACCUAUGACACCUCUUUUUACUUUGGGGCUUCUGGCUCCCCGGUGUUCGAUGCAAAAGGUUCACUGGUGGCCAUGCACACCGCUGGCUUUGCUUCUAAUUGCCAGACUGGGUUAUCUCACAUUGUUGAGUUUGGCUGUACUAUGGUCUCCAUCCUUCGUGAUAUGAAGCAAAACCACAGACAGUGGUUUAUAGAAGAAUGUAUAAGUCAGGAAGAUGUGGAAAUGAUGAGUGUUGAGGAUUGAGGAUAGUGAGAAUUCAGUGUGUUUACACACUUGAAGGGGAUUACCCACAGCAUUGUUAUUCCAUAGGCAGUGGGGAUCAUUUCCUAAAUUGUAAAAUGGUUAAUUUCAUUUAAAAAAUUACUGUUGUGGAGCACUUACUAUGCACCAUUGCUCAAAAUACAUGAAAACUAAAAUCCUAACAAGUGGACUGUUACCCCUAUUUUAAAGUUGAGUAAUGGGAAGAGCGAUGGGAUUAUGACACUAGCACUAGUGUCACCGUUGUGUGUGGGUUUUUCCCCCCUAUCUUCUGUGUCUUCCUCUAAGUUCAGUUGCUUGAAGGCAAGAUGUAACAUUUGUUCAUCUCAUGAUCCCCAGUGGUUGGAAGGUGGAAAGUAAGUGCUUAGGAAACAUGUGGGAGGGAUCCCUGGGUGGCGCAGUGGUUUGGCGCCUGCCUUUGGCCCAGGGCGCGAUCCUGGAGACCCAGGAUCGAAUCCCACGUCGGGCUCCCGGUGCAUGGAGCCUGCUUCUCCCUCUGCCUGUGUCUCUGCCUCUCUCCUCUCUCUUGGUGACUAUCAUAAAAAAAAAAAAAAAUUAGGAAACGUGUGGGUCCAUCAGUAGCACCACUCAGGGCUGCUGUUAGUCUUAACUGAGGAACUAAAUGCUUGGUUAGAAAUAAUCUUACAGGGAGGGAUGCCUGGGUGGCUCAGCAGUUGAGCAUCUGGCCUUUGGCCCAGGGCGUGAUCCCAGGAUCAAGUUCCUGCAAGGAGGGAGCCUGCUUCUCCCUCUGCUUGUGUCUUUGCCUCUCUAUGUGUGUCUCUCAUGAAUAAAUAGAUAAAAUUUUUUAAAAAUAAAUAAUCUUAUGCAAAAUCUUUAGCAUUUCCAAAAUCCUCAUAUUACUAAAACUCAGGACAUAUGUGUUCUACAAUUCAGAGGGUAACAUUGCUCUUCCUGUAUUUAUAGGCUAUUAGGGCAAAGAGAAUAUCUUAAAGAUCAUAGGAUUAUGAUCUUAUGUCCUUGUUUUUUACCUUUUUUGUCCUAGGAUUGCAUGCAGCACAGCACAUUACAUUUACUUGUUAUGCCUCCUGAGGCUCCUCUUGCCUGUUGAAGUUUCUCAGACUUUGACUAGAUGACUUUGACAGUUAGGAAGAGACUUGGUCAGGUCCUUCUGUAGGAAUUUGUCUGAUAACUAGACUGGGGUUGUGGGGUUUGGAGAGUAAAGCCAGGGGGGCAAAGUGCCUUCUCACCAUAUCAUUUCAACGGCACAUAUUAUCCACAUGAUUCAUGACUUGGUGUUGGCUUUGAAAUGCUGGCCAAAGUGGUGUUGAUCUCUGCAGUAAAGUUGCUCUUUCUCCAUCCUUUCUAUUAUGUACUCAUUGGAAGGAAGUUUUAUGCACAACCCACACCUAAGGAGUGGGGAGUUGUGUUCCCCUUCCUUAUGUCGGAAACUCCUGUGGUAUCUACACAUUCUAUAUGGAGUCCUUCUGCAUGGGAGAUUUGCCUCUUCUCACCCACUUAUUUGUACCAUAUGAACUCAUAGAUCUACCUGAGUUGUAAUCCAAUACUACCUUAUUGUGUUGGCCAAAUUGUUCCAGCUUUGGUCAUUGGGAGCCCUUGGGUGGGUUCUUGUGCCCCCUUUGACAUAUUUUAUUGGAGUAUUGUUUGUCUCCUAGUUUUUUUAGCACUUUUAAGUUGCAGUCCUAUAAGAUGCUCCAGGCUCCUCCUAUAUAUUUCCCACCCCAACCAUUUCUCCAAGGAACCCUGGUUGCUUUUAAUGGAGAACAGUGUUAGAAACCAAGAUCUGGAGGCACCUGGGUGUCUCAUUCAGUUGGGCGUCUGUCUGCCUUCAGCUCAAGUCAUGAUCCCAGGGUCCCAGUACUGAGCACCUCCUCAGGCUCCUUCCUCGGGGAGGAGUCUGCUUCUGCCUCUCCCUCUGCUCUUCUCCCCACUUGUGCUCUCUCUUGUGCUCUCUCUCUCUCAAAUAAAUAAAAUCUUAAAAAAAAAAAGAAACCAAGUCUGGGCACUAGGUAUGCUUGUUGCAUUUGGGUGUUAUUUCUUUUAUGCUCACUCAGCAGACAGAGAAAAGAAAUAUGUGUGUGUGUGUGUGUGUGUGUGUGUAUUAACUCAUGUACAGUCAUCCUCCCCAGUACAGUCUUGGCUUUGCUUUCUGGGGCUUCAGUUACCUGUCUGUGGUCAAAUGCAGUCCGGAAGCAGAUGAUCUUCCUUCUGACUUAUUGCCAGAAGGUCAAUGGCAGCCUAACAUUGGGUCACAGUGCCUAUGUCAUCCGCCUCACUUCAUCCUAUCAGGGAGGCAUGUUACCAUCUCACAUCAUCAUAAUAAGAAGAAGACUAUAUGGUACAGUAAGGUAUUUUGAGGGGGGGGGCAUUUACAUAAUUUUUAUUCCAGUACAUUGUUAUAGUUGUUCUUAUUGUUAAUCUCUCACUGUGCCUCAUUUACAAAUUAAACUUUAUCACAAGUAUGUGCAUAUAGGAAAAACAGAGCAUAUAUAGGGUUUGGUACCAUCUAUAGUUUCAGGCAUCCCCUAGCGGUCUUGAAACAGAUAAAGGGGAGGACUACAGAUAUAUCUAGAUAGAUACCUAUAUAGAUAUAUAUGUCUACAAACAUUCCUGUAUGUAACUAUCUAUAUGAUAAUAAAUUGAACAUUCUUACUGAUGUCUCCCACUCCAGUCCAGUACCACAUGGAUCAUUUUUUGCCUCCGCCGUUGACCUUAUCCGUGAACUCCUAGGCCAACAGUGAGAAACGUGGCUCCUACCAUCUCCCAUCCACUUAAUUGCUUAAUUCAGUAUUCAUACAAAGUGGCAUCAGAGUUGUUCACCUGCAUUGGGGUGGGAAAUAACGUUAUCAACUACAAUACAAUGUAUGGGUGUCGUCUCUCUUGCCUUUAGUCUUGCAGACUCUCUCCCAGAGUCACUGGGGUCAGCACCUAUCCUUCCUCACCAUCAUGUGAGGAGUUUUGUACAUUUACAAUGCAGUAGGGUUCUCUUGUCAUAGUCUGUCCUCUUUCCUUUCACUUCUCAAACCUAAGUGAUAUUUAAAAUUUGCAUACAUUGGGGCACCUAGGUGGCUCAGUUGGCUAAGUGACUGACUCUUGAUUUUGGCUCAGGUCAUAGUGUCGGGGGUCCUGGGAUCGAGCCCUGCUUCGGCCUCCACACUCAGUGCAGAGUCAGCUUGAGGAUCCUCUCCUUCUUCCUCUGCCCCUCCCCCUGCUCACAAUUUCUCUCUAAAAGUAAAUAAAUGAGUACUUCUUUUUAAAUUUGCAUGUAUCAAGGUUCUCUGCCCAUGCUGGGAGUUCAGCAGGCAUUAACAAGUGCAUGUCAUGUCUCCACCAUUACAAUAUUGUAUAGAAUUGUUUCUCCAGCCUCAGAGUCCCCUGGGUUUCAUCUGCUUAUCCCUCCCUCCCCGCCCUGAGUCCCUGGGGACCACGGAUCCUUUUACUAUCUUUAUAGUUUUGCCUUUUCCCAGAAUGUCAAUGAAGCGGAAUCAUAUGGAGCCUUUUCAGUUUGACUUCUUUCACUUAGCAAUAUUUAACUAAGGUUGCUCUGCUUCUUUUGAUGGCUUGAGAGCUCACAUUUUUUUUUGCCACUGAGUAACAUUCUGCUGUAUGGACACACUGCAGUUUGUGCAUUCAUUCACCUUUUGGAAGAUAUCUUACUUGCUUCAUUCAGUGUUAAGUGAUUGUGAAUAAAGCUGCUAUAAGCAUCUGCAUACAAAUAUUUGUGUGAACCUAGUUCUUGACUCAAUUGGGUAAAUACCUCACAGUAUGAUUACUAGACUGUAUGGUGAGAUUGUUUUUAACUCUGUAGGAAUCUGCCAAACUGUCUUCCAGAGUGGCCAUGUCAUUGUGCCUGCCCAGCAGCAGUGAAUGAGGGUUCUUGUCUCUUCACAUCCUCACUAGUGUUUUGUGUUGUCAGUUUUUUGGAUUGUAGGCCUACUAAUAGUGUUGGAACACCUCGUAUUCUUUAGGGGAUUAAUGGGAUUUAUUCAUGAAAUUUGAGCUGCCUUGGAUAUAUCAGAUAUCAGUCUGGAUUCUGUCAGAAGAAUAAAGCUACUGAAUUAUCUUUAUA